AUGGACGACUAUAUGAUAAUGUCCGAAAGAACCGCAAGAGAGAGUUUGUUUACAUUGUCAAGAGGUGUUGUUGAAACAUUUGGAGACGUGUAUUUGUGGAAACCUUCGUUGCAUGAUUUGCAAGAAUUGUAUGCGGCACAUGAAGAACGCUAUGGGUUUCCCGAAAUGAUCGGAAGCAUUGAUUGCAUACACUGGAAAUGGAAAAAUUGUCCGGUAGCAUGGAAAGGGCAAUACGCAAGCGGCCAUCAUGGAUCACCUUCGUUAGUUUUAGAGGCUGUUGCUUCUCAAGAUUUAUGGAUUUGGCAUGCAUUUUUUGGGGUUGCGGGUUCCAACUACGACGUCAACGUUCUUGAUCAGUCGCCAAUAUUCGACAAUCUUUUAAAUGGAAAGGCCCCGGAUGCUCCUUUCAUGGUGGAUGGAAACGAAUACAAAUAUGGGUAUUACCUUACAGAUGGAAUAUAUCCUUAG